AUGGUCGAUGGAAGGAAGAAAAAUAAAAACAAAUCACUCUCCUCAGAAUCCAAGGCUUUAUCGCCAGCAAUUGCGGAAUCCAGUGGUGCGAAGCGCUCCCCAAGGUUAGACACCAACAUGUCGAAUACUUCAAAGCGGAAGCGCGAGUCUGAACAUGACCGUAAGAAAAAGACGAAGAAGCAUCGCAAAUCGGAAAAGUCUGUUGCCGAGUCAGCUUCACCAGAAAACAACCCACCCCCUUCUGCAACUGCUGUUCAAGUUCCGCCCACUCCCACUCUGUCAACCCCCGGGCCUUCGGCGAAGAAGGUUCGCAAACAGAAUGGCGAAGACUUGAAAAUCUUCGCUUCGUCCACUUCUCAACCUACGCCCGGCUUAGCGGCUACAGAAGAACCGCUCGCUGUAAAGCAGGUGGCUGUCAACAAGCAAACCCCAGUCCCUGACUCACCCAACCCCGAGGGUAGCACCCCCCCAGGAGGCAGGACCAAGGGAGUUAGAGGCUCACGUACCAGGGAGAAGGACAGCCUGAAAAUUGGCUUCUAUACGCCGGAUGAAGUGCGAAAAAUCGAAGCGUACAAAGUCAAUUUUUGCACCAUGCAUGGUAUUUCUAGUGUCAGAUUUGACGAGAUGGUUCAGCAUUCUGAGCGUGGCGCAAACGGUGAAUUCCCAGUUUCCUCGGGGGUCAUUUCAAAAAGCGACUUUUGGAACGAGAUCUACGCUCUUGUUCCAGACCGUGAUCGGCGAUCUGUGUACCGAUUCAUGCGCCGACACUUCCAAGCUUCGGCUCAAAAGGCACACGAUUGGUCGAAAGAACAAGACGACGAGCUUAUCGAGCUUCACGCCAAAUACGGUCCGAAAUGGACUUUCAUUGGUAAGCUCAUUGGGCGCAGUGAUGACGAUGUCACUCAGCGAUGGAAGAACAAGCUAGAGCACCAGGGUACCAUGAAUCAAGGCGCGUGGUCGGAGGAGGAGACCAAGAUUUUCCUUGACGCCGUGGAAUCAACGUGGGCCACGAUGAAGCCAAUGCUUGCAGAUAAGGCAGGCAAUGACAUGUACGAGCUGGAUGAGCGUCUCAUUGUAUGGGGUAACAUAAGCAAGGAGAUGGGUCAUAUGCGGUCUCGACAACAAUGCGCAGACAAGUGGCGCAAGAUCGUGAAGCAGGUCAUGACCUUGCGAGCCAAUGGCCAGCCAGGCGCGGUGUUCGAUCCCAAACUCGCUGCUAAGAGAAGUGCCCACUGGAACAUGAGACUGGAGGCGCAAAGGAAGAGCUCUCAAUUCGUGAAUGAGGAUUCCGAUAACGAUGAAGCCACGAAAACUAGCACCACAAACCUAGACAACGAUGAUGAGGCAGCACCAUCUCCCAUUGCCAAUGGCAAUGGCAACGCGGACCCCGGCCAGGAAGCGCAGUCCGAGGGUGAGCCCGGAUUGCCCGAGUCCCCCAAGCGGGCUAAGAAGUCAAAGUCCAAGCGCAAGCACAAUGAAGACCCCGCCUUCGGUCUCAUCAAUGAAACGCCGUCGUCUCCCGCCGCUCCUAAAAAGAGCAAGGAAGAGAGGAAGCGCGAGAAGAAGGAGCGGCAAGAGAAAGAGAGGCAACAGCAGAUUGAGCGAGAAGUCCAGGAGGACAAGGCCGCACGCAAGGAGAGCAAGCGGAAGAGGAAAGAGGAGAAGAAGAAGAAGCGAAAGAAGCUCGAAGAAGAGAAACGUCUCGCUGCCGAGGAGGCCAAUGAGGCACCUAGCAGCGAUGUUGAUAUCCCUGAGCCUCCUAAAAAGACGAAGAAGUCUAAGAAGCAGAAACAAGCUUCACUUGACAGCCCUGCCCCUUUGGCGGAACCCUCUCGUUCUGUUAUCCAAGAAUCUCCACCGCCCGCAUCACCUGCUUCUCACAGAUCUGCCACUGGACAUGACGCUGUCGUUGAUGGAUCUGACUCGGACGGCGGAGAUGACGACAGCAGCGAAGUCAACGUCAAGUUCGAGACUGACUCGGAUGAGCUGUGA